AUGGUAAAGCAGGAAAGCAGCCUACUGUGCCCGCAUCCCUGGCUUUGCAGCCAAAAGCCGGUUAUCGAGCCUUUGCAGGUCCAGGUGAAUGCUGACUGUGUGGAACAUCACGGCAGGCUUGCAAAUGGAAAUGCCUGCAGUUCUGAAGAUGCAGCUGGUUACAAGAGCAAUAGCCCAGAAGAAAGAACAAAUUUGCACUAUUCUCCAUCUAUCAUUUAUCUGAAGACUGAACAAGAGAGAUUUCAGCACCCUUGGCCUCAAUUCAGCAGAUACUAUCUUUUGGAGCAAGAGCUUGGGAAGAAAUACUCCUACGAAGGGGUUGUACUGCUUGCCAAUGAGUACUACAGCCACUGUCAAGAUAUUUUACGUAUGGUGAGAAUGAGUGAGCUUGACAAGGUGGAAGGCUGUAUCAAGUCAUUCUGGAGGUCUCUGCAGCCUGAAAAAAUAACACUAAUGUCCUUGCCAGAUGCAUGCCAGCUGUUCAACAGCUAUGACAGGCAGCUAUUCAAGGAAAUAGAGAGCAUCCUAUUUCACGAUUUCCUGGAGGAUAUGCCUGUGCACUACAUGAAUUCAAUCACUUUUUUCGCUAAAAAUCUUGAAAUUUGUCUGCUUACUGCUUUGAAAGGCUUUCCAGUACCACUCCAAACAUCCAAAUCUAAAGAAGUUAAAGUUUUUACAAAAAGACUCAAGAGAAAGACAGACCUUUCUAGCAUCAUCAAGACAAUGAGAACAGUCUUGAACAGCAACAGCAAAGUCACUGUUCUGCAAUCAAACUUGCGUGCUGUCAUCAAUCAGGGAUUUCUGGAUGUGCCUGGAAACCUCUUUCAAGUGGAGUCUAGGAAACCAAGGGAGCUGCAGAAUGGCCUAGAACUCAAAUGUUUGAACGACUUAGUGUCUUUGCUGGCACCUUCCACAGAUAUUCGGUUUCUCCUGAACUGUGUGUCUUCAAAUAUUCAGACUUUCAUCAUUCAGCCAAGCAGGAGUAAAGAGGAGUUUAGAAAAUGGGCAUUGGAUUUCCAGUUGAGAUGGAAUUUCCUACUGAAUGCAGUAGGCAAGGUUAUAACACUCAACUAUGCAGACAGUUUUGGAUCCUGGCAUUUGUUUAAUUUGCUACUUAUGGACUUUGUGGCUCACAUUUUCCUGUCCCAUAUGGAGGAGGAGGGAGAUGAAAGUUUCUGGGUCCCAAAGCAAAACGAGUCCCCUGUUCUGUGGGUUUAUGAGCCCAGCCAUCUCUGGGGCUAUUCUGCAGAGGGGCAACCUCACAUCAACGCUCCACAGACAGCUGUCAUGACUUUGACACAGAGCCAGAAUAAUUUAGGAUUAAAUGAAAUUUUCCCAGAGUUCUGA